UUAUUAUUUUCAUUUUUUGCUUUUUUCUUCCUUCGCCCUCUCGAUGCUUCCGCGGACGCCGCGAGCUCCGACGGCGGCGUGGGCGGUGGCAUGGCGAGCUCUGACGCGGUGAAGCUGUUUGGUAGGCGGGUGAAGUCCUUCGAGCGCGUGGCGCUUUGGGGGAUGUUAUUCGCGAGCUUCUCCCUCAUCGCCGUUUUUCUGCUUCGUUUCGCGCGCUCCGAUCACUACGGUCUCGUGCGGGGCGAGAGCGUGGCGGCGGCGGCUGGCGGCGACGGUAGCGGCUGGAAGUGCGAUUGGUUCGAGGGGGAGUGGGUGUGGGACGAAGACUACCCCCUCUACGACUCGGCCGCCUGCCCGUUCUUGGACGACGGAUUCCGCUGCUCUGAGAACGGGAGGCCCGACCGGAUGUACACCAAGUGGCGGUGGCAGCCCACUCGCUGCCAUCUCCCAAGAUUUGAUUCCAAAACUAUGCUGGAGAAGCUAAGGAACCGAAGACUAGUUUUUGUGGGUGAUUCAAUUGGAAGAAAUCAGUGGGAGUCUCUCUUGUGCAUGCUCUCGAUGGCUGUUCCAAACAAGAGCUCAAUCUAUGAAGUAAACAGAAGCCCGAUAACGAAGCAUACAGGCUUCCUAGUGUUUAAAUUUGAGGAUUACAACUGCACCGUGGAGUAUUAUAGAUCACCAUUUCUCGUGCCAAGGACUCGUGCUCCGGUUGGCACGGCCGGAAAAGUGAAGACCACGCUGAGACUGGAUGUGUUGGAUUGGACAUCAAAUAGAUGGAAGGAUGCCAACAUUCUUGUCUUCAACACUGGGCACUGGUGGAACUAUGAGAAGACGAUAAGAGAGGGUUGCUAUUUUCGAGAAGGAAAUCAAGUGAAGAUGAAUAUGAGUGUGGAUGAUGCUUAUCAGAUGACAAUUCAGACUUUGUUUCAGUGGAUUCGCAAAGAAGUCAAUAGAAGUAAGACACAAGUCAUGUUUCGAACAUAUGCUCCGGUUCAUUUCAGAGGUGGUAACUGGAGAACAGGAGGGAAUUGCCACUUAGAAACUCUACCAGAGUCAGGACACCAGCUAUCACUGAAACCAUGGCUACAUUUCCUGAAACCAUUUCAGAAUGUGAUGCCGAAGAAUUCUACCGCGACCGAACUAGAACUCGAGCUACUCAAUGUGACACGAAUGACAGUCCCAAGAAAAGAUGGGCAUUUAUCGAUCUAUUACCUCAGUUCUUCUCGGCCACCUCUUCACAGGCAGGACUGCAGCCACUGGUGCUUACCUGGUGUCCCAGAUGCUUGGAAUGAGCUGCUUUACGCGCUCUUUGUGCGACGGGAAUCCUUGUAUCGUGACCACGCAACUAUUGUUGGGAACUCCAGAGUAAAGCUAAGAAUGUAAAGCUCUUCAACCCAUCUUUUGUUCACUCAAUGAAGACGUGGAUGCGAUCAUGAAGCUCAACGACCAUCGCAAUUUUGAGCUAUGUUCGAGUUAUGAGGAGGUUUGAUAAUAAGAAUGUAAAGCUCUUCAAACCAUCUUUUUGUUGUUAUCUAGUAGAAUCAAAGGUAAAAUAGCAUUAUUACUUGUAAAUAGGCAAGCAAUAUUCCUCAUUUACUUGUAAAGACACCUCAAACUCUCCAUGUUAACUAUUUAGUUUGAAUCUCGUUGUUUUUUUA